CCUGAGAUAACAGGCAUGGAUAGCUUGGAGCUAUCUUGACUUCUUAAAUCUCACAUCCCAUGUCCCGCGUUACGAGUAUUUGGAAGGACCUUGUCGCUGACAAGAGACGACGUCAAGCGGAAGCCAUUCCUAAGGAAUGGUUAAUUGACCCGCCGCCGACUUCACAGCUCGACGUUACUCAGAUCCCUGAGCAAUGCGGGCUGUUAACAUCCAGGGAACUUGAGAUAACGAACACCAUCGAUGCAGCCGUCCUGCUGCAUAAAUUAGCUACUGCAGAAUGGUCUGCUGUCGAGUCACCACCGCAUUCUACAAGCGUGCCAUCAUUGCACACCAGCUCGUCAACUGCUUGACCGAAAUAUUCGUAGAUCGUGCACUAGCACGCGCAAAAGAGCUGGACGAAUACUUAAAGAAGACUGGAAAGGUUAUUGGACCCCUUCAUGGCCUGCCUAUUUCUUUAAAGGACCAAAUCCGUAUCAAAGGUCUAGAGACGACUAUGGGAUAUGUCUCUUGGAUCGGCGAUUACGCAGACAAAGACGCUGCACUAGUCGAGAUUCUCCAGGAAUGCGGCGCUGUGCCAUUUGUGCAAACCAACGUACCGCAAACAUUGAUGUGGGCUGAGACCUAUAACUCCAUCUUCGGUCGUACGGUGAACCCGUACAAUCGUAAUCUGACUUCUGGCGGUUCAUCUGGAGGUGAAGGCACCCUUAUCGCACUGAAGGGCAGUCCACUUGGUGUGGGCUCCGACAUCGGAGGAUCUAUCCGGAUACCCUCGCUUUUCAAUGGUCUAUACGGUCUCCGUCCUUCUUACAACCGAGUUCCAUACGCUGGAGUUGUGAACUCAAUGGAAGGUCAAGAUUCCAUACCUUCUGUGCUCGGUCCUCUAUCAAACAGCCUUAGUGGCAUCAAACUGUUCAUGCAAGCCGUCAUAUCCGCAAAACCUUGGCUCAAAGACCCACUUGCUAUCCGUAAGAAGUGGGAUGACGAGGCGUAUGCACUUGUGGAGCAUGGCGGUGGCCAGAAGCUUUGCUUCGGUCUAUUGUGGAACGACGGAGAGACCGUACCUCAUACCCCCGUAAUUCGAGCGUUAGAGAUCACGAAGGCUGCCUUACUUGCCGCUGGUCAUACAGUGAUUGUUUGGAAGCCUUAUAAGCAUGUUGAAUUAUGCGGUACGGUGUCGUACAUUUGGUCCGCAGGUGCGACCGAAGACUUCAAGACAGUCGCAGCUAUCUCAGGCGAGCCUGUCAUCUCUACAAUGGAAUUAGCCGGAGAAGGUACCGUCGUUGACGCCGGCUUCCGACCAUCUGGCGACAAUGUCACUGUAUCGGCUUAUCAACUUUGGCAGCAACAGAAAUUGAAGACGAAAUUACGCCAGGAGUACCUUGCCCAUUGGGAAGCGACAGCCAAGAUUACUGGUACGGGAAGGCCUGUUGAUGCCAUUAUUUCGCCCGGGGCGCCUUACACAGCCCCUCCUCAUGGAAAGAAUAGAGACGCGUCAUAUACUACCGUUUGGAACGCCUUGGAUUAUGUUGCAUGUGUUUUCCCUGUGACUAAAGUCGACCCGUCGACCGACGUCAAGAAACCUGCUCAUGCAUUCUUAUCGGAUAGAGAUAAAGCGAACUAUGAAAUGUAUGACCCGAAGGUCUUUGCUAACGCACCCGUUGGGUUGCAACUUGUUGGACGAACUCAAGAAGAGGAAGCCGUUAUUGCGAUGACGGAAAUUGUGGAUGCUGCACUAAAGGCUAACAAGGCUCGGCUCGCGAAGCUCUGAGAUAUCUGUGAAUCGAAGGCGAAAUUCUAUUGUACGCUAUCGUAAACCCCGGACGGAAGAAACUGACACCAGCGAGUGCCCUACUAAACUACACAUGACUUUGUUGGCCUUCUACGUUGUAUAACCUGUAUACCCAACAUGAUUAUAUUGCCGUUUUCCGAAGUGAGUGAUUGACAUUCAU